AUGAACCCGUACAAUCUGAUCAAAGGGUUUCUGUCUCCAAGAGGGUUCAUCUAUGAGCUGAAUGCGGCCUGGAAGUAUACAAUCGACCAAGGAAUGGGCGCGUUCGCCAUGGAAGCCGAAGAUGCAGAGAGGGCCAGUCCCCUCAUUGUCUCCGAUUCGGUUUCCAUGAACCCCAACGAAGUCGAUGCAACGCCGCAUUCGAUGUGGACCGAGGCGAGUUUAUUGCUAGUGGCUAGCUUCAACGAAGGCAGGAAUUCGAGCCUGCAAGGCUACGUCAAUCGACUAGUGCCAAACAUGUAUUCUGCUCCCUGUCAGCCGGAGAAAAAUCGGGGUCUUCCACAGCUAUUAUCCCUAAAGACUAUAGUGGCGUCGGUUAAAGAACCAAGGCCCGAAUACGUAAUCCCUUGGCUGAUCAGCCAACUGUUAGCGAUGCAGGAAAAUAUGGCUCUCUCCCCAGUCGAGGAGAACCUCCCCUCUUCCAUUCCCCUGUGCUUCCGAUUAAGAAUGUGGACAAGAGAAAACCUGGACUUGCUGAAGCCGUAA